AUGGGCUUACCGAAUAGUGUUCAAACACCGAUUGGAACAUCCCCAUAUAGACUUAUAUUUGGAACAACUUGUUAUUUGCCAGUUGAAUUAGAACACAAAGCUUUUUGGGCAUUGAAAGCACUAAACUUUGAUUUGACCUCUGUUGGUAAAAAUAGGUUUUUUCAGGCUAAUAAAUUAGAAGAGCUGAGGUUGGAAGCCUAUGAAAAUGCCAGAAUUUUCAAAAAAAUAUGGCACGAAAAUUUGAUCCAAAAAAAGAAUUUCAAAAUUGGAGAUAAGGUACUUCUUUACAAUAGCCGACUUAGGCUAUUCCCUGAAAAAUUAAAAUCCAGAUGGACAGGUCCUUACAAUGUUACAAAUAUUACUUCAUAUGGUGCUAUUGAGAUUCAGCAGAUCAAUGUUGGAGCAAAGUUUAAUGUUAAUGGUCACAGACUAAAAUUAUAUUUUGGAGGGCAAUUUGAGAAACAACCAUCAGUUACUCUAAUUGAAUGA